GAGGAUAGAAGGAACACGUGAUACGGCACUCGUGGCCGCGGGGCUCUACAUACAUACAUGGCUCCUCCUCGGGACCGCUGGACGAGCCGAUAAAGAAAGUCCCUUUCCAGUUCCGAAGCAUCGGCCGUGGCGAUGAAGUCACGCGGCGCUAGCGCUGUCCCCGACACGCCGCCGGUCAUGUCUGGGCACGCGCUGCAGCAGCACCAGCGGGGCGGCGGCGGCGGCGGCGGCGGCACCAGGUGGCGCGAGUGCGCCGCCGUGCUGGGCGCCGUGGCCGUGGUGGUGCUAGUCGUCACCCAUGCGCUCCUCAACGUGGGCGACAAUCUCGACGACGUGGCUGACCCGGUAGCCCGUCUCCGGGCAGCCACCGACGAGAAAGCGGCCGUUCUGUCGAAGAAGACUCCCGGGGAGGCCCAAGCGGAGCAGGACAUCAAGGCCGCCGCCGGCGCCGAUGCCGACCGGUUCCUGUGGAGCAAGGAGAUGCUGCAGUGGCAGCGCAGCGGUUACCAUUUCCAGCCGGAUGGGAACUUCAUGAACGAUCCCAAUGCUCCCAUGUAUUACCGUGGACUGUAUCACUUCUUCUACCAGUACAAUCCCAAAGGCGUCGUCUGGAACAAGAUCGCCUGGGGCCACGCCGUGUCGUCGGACCUGGUCCACUGGCGCCAUCUCCCCGUCGCCAUGGUGCCCGACCAAUGGUACGACAUCAACGGCGUCUUGACGGGAUCCGCCACCAUGCUCCCCAAUGGCACGGUCAUCUUGCUUUACACGGGCAACAGUGACACCUUUGCCCAGGUUCAGUGCCUCGCCUUCCCUGCAGACCCUGCAGACCCCCUCCUCCGUACCUGGACCAAGCACCCUGCCAACCCCGUCAUCUUCCCGCCCCCUGGCAUUGGCGACAGGGACUUCCGCGACCCCAUGGCCGCAUGGUUUGAUAAGUCCGACAACACAUGGCGCACCAUCAUAGGGUCCAAGGAUGACCAUGGUCAUGCCGGUAUUGCCCUCAUGUACAAGACGAAAGACUUCAUCAAGUACGAGCUCAUCCCGGACCCGGUCCACCGUGUCGAGGGCACCGGCAUGUGGGAGUGCAUCGACCUCUACCCCAUUAGCGGUGGCAGCGACUCAUCAGAGGAGGUGAUACAUGUGAUGAAGGCGAGCGUGAACGAUGAGUGGCAUGACUACUACGCGUUGGGGAGGUUUGAUGCAGAGGCCAACAGGUGGACGCCGUUGGACCCGGAAGCUGAUGUGGGUAUCGGCAUGAGGGUCGAUUGGGGUAAGUUUUAUGCCUCUACAUCCUUCUAUGAUCCGGUCAAGCAGCGGCGUGUGAGCUGGGGGUUUGUUGGCGAGACCGACUCACCCAACACCGACAUAGCCAAGGGAUGGGCAAGCCUCCAGGGGAUUCCAAGGAAAGUAGUGCUAGACGAGAAAACCCGGACGAACAUCCUCCAAUGGCCGGUGGAGGAGAUCGACACCCUCCGCUACAACACCACCAACUUCAGCGGCAUCACCGUCGAGUCUAGCUCUGUCAUAACCCUCCCUCUCCGCCAAGUUUCUCAACUCGAUAUCGAGGCAUCCUUUCGCCUCAACGCUUCAGCCAUCGCCGCCCUCAACAAGGCCGAUGUCAGCUACAACUGUAGUACAAGUGGUGGUGCCACCGAACGAGGCGCGCUCGGCCCCUUUGGUCUUCUCAUCCAUGCCACCAACAGCGGCAGCGAACAACUGGCAGUGUACUUCUACAUUUACAAGGGUCUUGAUGGGGGCCUCCGGACCCAGUUCUGCCAUGAUGAGUCAGGGUCAUCGCGAGCCAAGGAACUGCUGAAGCGCGUGGUGGGAAGCACCAUGCCCGUGCUCCAUGGAGAGGCUUUAUCCGCAAGGGUGCUUGUGGAUCAUUCGAUUGUGGAGAGCUUUGUGAUGGGUGGGAGGAUGACGGUGACAUCGCGCGUGUACCCUAUGGAGGCCAUCCAUGCGGCUGGUAGGGUGUGCGUUUUCAACAACGCCACCGGGUCCGCCGUUACCGUCGAGAAGCUCGUGGUGCACGAGAUGGCCUCAGCACCAAUACAAGCAUACCGUGAUGCAUGAGAUUCAUGUUGAUGUCCAAUAUGUUCUGGUUCUUUCAGAUUGAUCUGGUUAAUCAGUAUUAUACCAGACAUA